GGCAGGCAGGCACCUCCCGCAGCCCCGGGGACGUUGUAUCUGUGGGCCCGCGAGUCGCGUCACAAAUCGGCGACUGAGCCUUGGCGGAGGUGGCUGAGGCGGCGAAGGCGGCAGCGGCGGCGACAGCUCUGGGGUUUGCGUCUCGGGGUGUGUCGGCCGCCGCUGCUGCUUGGGCCUGGUAUGUACAAAUGGCUGAUUAGGAUUCUCGGCACCAUUUUCCGUUUCUGUGACCGGUCGGUGCCUCCUGCCCGGGCCCUCCUGAAGAGGCGGCGCUCGAACAGCACUCUGUUUUCUGCAGUGGACACUGAUGAAAUACCAGCCAAAAGACCGAGAUUAGAUUGCUUUAUUCACCAAGUGAAAAACAGCCUCUACAAUGCUGCCAGCUUACUUGGAUUCCCAUUCCAGCUGACCACAAAGCCCAUGGUAACCUCUGCUUGUAAUGGAACACGGAAUGUCGCCCCUUCAGGCGAGGUAUUUUCGGACUCUUCAUCUUGUGAACUGACAGGUUCUGGAUCCUGGAACAACAUGCUGAAACUGGGUAAUAAAUCUCCUAAUGGAAUAAGCGACUAUCCAAAGAUCAGAGUGACAGUAACCCGAGAUCAGCCUCGUAGAGUCCUGCCUUCCUUUGGUUUUACUUUGAACUCAGAAGGCUAUAAUAGGAGACCAGGUGGCCGUCGCCAUAGCAAAGGCAAUCCAGAGAGUUCCUUAAGCUGGAAGCCUCAGGAACAGGUUGUAACAGAGAUGAUUUCUGAAGAGAGUGGCAAGGGUCUGAGACGUCCUCAUUGUACCGUGGAGGAGGGUGUUCAAAAAGAGGAAAGAGAGAAGUACCGAAGGUUACUGGAGCGACUUAAAGAAGGUGGACAUGGAAACUCUGUUUCUCCUAUAACUUCAGCUCAUCACAGUUCUCAAAGAAAUCAGAUGGAUACAUUAAAGACCAAAGCCUGGGGGGAAGAGCAAAGUCACGGAGUCAGAACAACUCAGUUUGUUCCAAAACAAUACAGAAUUGUUGAAACAAGGGGACCUCUGUGUCCAGUGAGAAGUGAAAAGAGGUAUUCAAAGGGGAAAAUUUCUGAUACAGAGAAGGCAUUUGGAAUCAGACUUGAAAAUGAAGGGAGGGGACACCAACUGGAACCUGACCUAUCUGAAGAAGUGUCAUCCCGACUCCGCCUGGGCAGUGGAAGCAAUGGGUUACUCAGGAGGAAGAUGUCAAUACUUGAGACAAAAGAAAAAAAUUGCUUAGGCAAAGAGAGGGAUAAAAGGACAGAUGAUCUUCUUGAACUUACAGAGGACAUGGAAAAGGAAAUCAGCAAUGCCCUAGGCCAUGGCCCACAGGAUGAGAUCCUAAGUAGCGCUUUCAAAUUGCGAAUUACCCGAGGAGACAUCCAGACCUUGAAGAACUAUCACUGGCUCAAUGAUGAAGUCAUUAAUUUUUAUAUGAAUCUUCUGGUGGAAAGAAAUAAAAAACAAGGGUAUCCAGCACUACAUGUGUUCAGUACUUUUUUUUACCCCAAAUUAAAGUCUGGGGGUUACCAAGCCGUGAAAAGAUGGACCAAAGGGGUCAGUCUCUUUGAACAGGAACUUAUUCUGGUGCCUAUUCAUCGGAAGGUACAUUGGAGCCUUGUGGUGAUAGACCUCAGAAAAAGGUGUCUCAAAUAUCUGGAUUCUAUGGGACAAAAGGGCCACAGAAUCUGUGAGAUUAUUCUUCAGUAUUUACAGGAUGAAAGUAAGACCAAAAGAAAUAUUGAUCUGAAUCUUUUAGAAUGGACCCACUACAGCAUGAAGCCACAUGAGAUUCCUCAACAGUUGAAUGGGAGUGAUUGUGGAAUGUUUACUUGUAAAUAUGCAGAUUAUAUCUCUCGGGACAAAGCUAUCACAUUUACUCAGCACCAGAUGCCUCUCUUUCGGAAGAAGAUGGUGUGGGAAAUUCUUCAUCAGCAGUUGCUGUGAGAGUGCCCCUGGCCCAGUCCCUCCAGCUGCUGCUGAUUUUUUUCCACAGUUGGAUGUUUCCAUAUACCUCAUGCAUUGUGGGUUAAAAGUCCCUACAUCACCUCUCUCACAGGUACUGAGCUGUCAAGAAGUGUAUGAAGGCGUCUCACUGCACCUGAAUCCUGACUUGUGUGCGGAGGGCUGCUUGCAACUCUGUAAGUCUGUGCCUGCUCAGAGCCCUGGACUGUAUAACCCACACAAGAACAAACGCUAAUUAGAAUUUUUUUAAAGAUUUUUUUUCCCUAUGAAUGUGGGAAAUGCAGGAUUUAUUCUAUGAUUUGUUUUUUUCUGUGUUCACAUGUAUUUCUUUGCUCACUCAUUUGCAAACAUAAUGCGCAGUGGCCAUUAUCUGCUACUCUUUUAGUUAACUCUAAAUUACUUGUGUGAACUAUUUAUUUCAAAUAUGAAAGGCACGUUAAUCAAGCUGCCAGUCCCUGCUGAAGAUCGGAAGGGAAAUCAGUUGGGGAGGAAGGAAGUGUUAAUUAACUUCUCUACCUGGAGCUAUAACUGCCAACUUAAAGCUGGAGGUCUUUUUUUUGAGGCUUGAAAAUGCUGGGAGAAGUGCUGUGGUGUAGGGCCCUGAUUGCCUUUCAGAGGAAGUCUGACACUACAGCAUUGACAUGUGUUGUGGAAAAGUGGAACUGUGGCCAAGGAACUCUGGCAAUGCAAGCAUCUUUAGAAGAGUGUCGUGGUCAUCCUAAAGAGACUUCCCUUUCUGGAAAUGAGGUGACGUGGCUACUCUUGAAACUGGAUUAGAAUUCACUGUAAACUCUAAAUCUUCAUUUUCAUCCCAGAUCUGGUUGAGUAGAAACCUCAGAAUUGUAAGGGCUGGCCUGAGCAGUUUAUUUCAAAAGAUACUAUUCAAUUUAAAGCUAUUUUUCCUCAAAGUGUUUUUUUUAUAUAUAUAUAUAAAGCUGAAAUUAAGUUUUGUACUCAUUAGAAUUUACAUCGUCUCAUCCCACCCUCACUGAAAUUUGUGGAAGAAAAUUUAGUACUUGGCUCUGAGGUUGCUGAUUAUAUAAUAAUCUAUUUUGCAUAUGAAAGUUUGUAUUCAGCAUUUUUGUUCAUUAAAAACCUUACAGUGGUUUUGCAUUUUUAAUUUCAGAAAGUUUAGAGUUGAUCAGAACAUAUUUUGCAAGAUCCUAGUGCCUAGUGUUGCUUUUCUGAUGUAAUAAAAGGAUAUCUGGCAGAACUUGAA